AGGACCCAUCAGUGGGGGGACAGCCUGCGGGCGCGCUUCCCUGCGGACCAGGCCUGGACCUCGGCCCGGACAGCGCCCCCGUGCACCCCCCGGCCUGGACAGCGCCACCCCACCCCCCCCACCCCCCCCCGACCCCGCGAGCCCCCCAUGGAGCACCUGCUGCGCGCUGAGCUGCGCACCGCGACCCUGCGGCCCUUCGGGAGCCCCGGGGCGGGCUGCAUCAGCGAGGGGCGCGCCUACGACACGGACGCGGGCCCCGUGUUCGUCAAGGUCAACCGCAGGACACAGGCCCGGCAGAUGUUUGAGGGAGAGCUGGCCAGCCUGGAGGCUCUCCGGGCCACCGGCCUGGUGCGGGUGCCUCGGCCCGUCAAGGUGAUUGACCUGCCCGGAGGGGGGGCCGCCUUUGUGAUGGAGCAUCUGAAGAUGAGGAGCUUGAGCAGUCAGGCGUCCAGGCUCGGAGAGCAGAUGGCAGAGCUGCACCUCCACAACCAGAGGCUGAGGGACAGGUGCCGGGAGGAGGAGAGCACGCUGGGCCGCAGGGCUGAGGGGGCCACGUACGUGAGCAGGUUUGGCUUCCACACAGUGAUCUGCUGUGGCUUCAUCCCUCAGGUGAACGAGUGGCAGGAUGACUGGCCCACCUUCUUUGCCCGGCACCGUCUCCAAGCGCAGCUGGACCUCAUUGAAAAGGACUAUGCUGAUCGAGAGGCCCGAGAACUCUGGUCACAGCUACAGGUGAAGAUCCCGGAUCUGUUUUGUGGCCUAGAGAUCGUCCCUGCCCUGCUUCAUGGGGAUCUCUGGUCCGGGAACGUCGCCGAGGACGACGUGGGACCCAUUAUUUACGACCCAGCUUCCUUCUACGGACAUUCUGAGUUUGAGCUGGCCAUUGCGUUGAUGUUUGGGGGGUUCCCCAGAUCCUUCUUCACUGCCUACCACCGCAAGAUCCCCAAGGCUCCGGGGUUCGACAAGCGGCUGCUGCUGUACCAGCUCUUUAACUACCUGAACCACUGGAACCACUUCGGGCAGGGGUACAGGAGCCCCUCCCUGGGCACCAUGAGGAAGCUUCUCAAGUAGCAGCUGCCCUGCAUCGGCCACCCCCUGCUUCACCAACAGGCCGGGCGAGCAGCGCCAGUGAUCAAUAAAGUCGGGGGCUCCCGGACCCA